AUGAAGAUACAAACAAAUGCUGUGAACGUCCUUCAACGGACAUCCGCCUACUUAAAGUCAGGAUUGUUGAAAGACACACCUGCGUGGUAUAAUGUUGUGGCGUCCAUCCCACCAUCCACCAAAUUUACACGUGAACCUCAUUUUGAGAACCCUUCCAAUGGACAUACCAUAGGUAGACUUGUUGACGUGAUAGAAAAUCAGCAUACUAACAGUAACGGACUAUACAAGACAAGACCCAACACAAACGACAAAAGAAUAGGUGUGAAAAAGCUAUACAAGCCUCCUAAACUAACUUACGUUGAGGACAGACUUAGAACUCUCUUUUAUAAACAACAUCCAUGGGAGUUGUCCAGACCCAAGAUUUUAGUGGAGAACGAAAUCGGUGAUGAAGAUUACGAUUGGAGCCACAUGCUCCAGCUAGGUAAACCACUUGAUGGUGAAAGUGUUAUUCAAAGGACUAUGUACUUACUCAAAACAAAGCAGUAUGAGAACACGGUCGAAGCAUAUGACCAUGCCAGAUAUGAAUUCUAUGCGUUGAGAAUGCAAGAAGAAACACAGCAGCAAGUGGCUUUGGAAGAGGCAGAAAUGUUUGGAUCCAUCUUCGGAAAAUCUGCCAUUGAACAUGGUAUACAGAAGGAACAAGAGGUCUUGAACAUAUGGGAAAAGAAGGUCAUUGAAGAAACCGAACUCAUGGCAGCUAGAUCAAGCAAUCCUGCAGGAUCGUGGAAGGAUGACACUACAUUGCAUACGGCUCAAGAAGAAGAAUCCAACACCGCCGAGAGCCUCCACUUCUAA